CUGUUAGCUGAUAUCUGACCCACUGUGGCGGCCUGGCGUGGGAUUAUACCCCCUAAUGCGAUUUUCCACUUAUGGGAUGGGCAGCGCAUAACACAAGCUCCGUCGGGUAUCGGUGAUCGAUUCUUCUCUCAUUCUAUCCGCGCCGCCGGAAUUCAUCUCAAGGCAUUGUGCAGUGUAUCUCAAUGGACUCGUCCCUAAACACUAGCGGACGCAAAUGGUCUCGAGUUCGAAUGCGAAAGGUCGUUGAUCAGAGUGUCGUCCGAUGUCUCUGCUGACUUGUUCUAGGCAUGUGACCACUGCAGACGGAGCAAGAGCAGAUGCGAAAAGACCGACGGGUCUCCAUCUUGCAUCGCCUGCGAAGCGCGAGGAAUCGCCUGCAUCAUCACACCUCAGACCAUUAGGCAGAUGGGGACACGUCCAUCGCAUGUCUUUCCAAGGACAUCUGAUUCAGAUGCCUCAACCUUCAUCUCCAGCAGGCAGCGGUCCAAGGUUGUAUUGUACGACUGGAUAUAUGGAAACACGCGAUCGAGCGACCUGCUCAAUGAUCCUCGCCUGCUCGCUAAUUUUGCGGAUGACUUUCGACACAAUGUUGAGUUUGCCAUUUCACAACUUGCAAAAGUCGACACAGGUCGCUGCGAAACAGACUUCUUCGCGACGACGAGUCUUCCACAGGAAUUCGCUCCUCUACCGGACGAAGGCGAGCUCUUGCGGAUGAUUGUCGUGUUCUCUGACUCGGUCCACUUGGCAUUCCCUUUGUUUCGCGAAUACAUCGACCAGUGGCUCACUGAGCGAACAUAUAUAGAUCCAUCUAUACGUGAUGACAUACCAGCUUGGGCAUCUCUUAAUAUCGUGCUCGCCAUGGGCUACAAGUCUCAGAUCCUACGGUAUCCGGACACGACAGAAAACAAGAUUAAGUGCGAACGAUAUCUCAAAAAUGCUAUAGACACUAUACCGAGAUUGAUCUUCAAGUCUCCAACAUUAGGCGAUGUGGAAGCUUUACUAGGCAUGGUACUUCUUAUGAGUUGCAGUCUCGAAUACCCAUUAACGUAUGGUCUGCUUGGUGUCGCAAUCCGCAAAGCCAGGACCAUUCGAGCGGAGCAGGCCCAUUCAUUUCGCGUUGGAGGAGUCGUUCAAGAGAGAAGAGCGCGUGUCUUUUGGGUCGCCUACGUUCUUGAUAAGAUGACAUCCUUCAUUCAAGGCCUCGCCCCCUGCGAAGACGACAGCAACUUCGAUGUUGACAUGCCACGGUCCGUCAACGACCAGUCGGGCACAAUAAUCCUCCCCAAUGGAUUCAGGCUCCCCUUCGGCCAACACGUAUGCCAGCUCGCCGUUAUUCGAGGACGCAUCUUUACCAUGCUCUACUCUAGCAAUGCACAUUAUAAGCCGUCAUUAAUAGAAGAUCUCUCGUCGCAGCUACGAGCGUGGCGAAUAUCUGUCCACCCAGAGUGCGAGGCCUCGCUCGACAUUAUGGAGGAGUCUUCGUUCUCUCGACUCUAUAUUGUCCUCCUUCUCCUCACCUAUCAUCACACUGUCAUUACCCUGCACAGAGCAGACUAUCUCGCCCAUGCAGAUACUCCACAACUCCAGGCUGGGCCCCUCGCAGCUUGCACUCGCUCAGCUCGCAAGGCCCUGAGCCUCACUCGCUAUUGUCCCAUCUACGCACCAGUCGCUGUUCGGAGUGUGUUAAUGGCUGUUUUCGCCUCCUUUGUCACUCUGACAAUGCAUAUACUAGACGAGCCCUGGGAUCUAACUUCAAGAACGGAUCUGGCUGCCUUGCAAGAUGCAUUCGGAUUUAUUUCUGACUUGGUACAUUUCAACAGCAACUUGCCCCUCGAGCAGGUAGGUAAGUUGGAUUCGAUGCUGAACAUAUGCCGCUGGCAUCUGGAUUCGGCUGAGCGGGCAAUUCGAUGUAGCCAAGGCGUGGCGUAGAGCUGUGCCUUCACACUUUUUGUCUGGUAUCUAUAUACGUCUUAAUCUUAUCUGUGUAGGCUUGACGUCUAGCAAUCCCAAAGCGUGAUUCAUAUUGAAUAUACGCAUCGUUUCAAUUCGGUUUUCCGAAUAAAGGCAGGUGAACAGGGCUAAUGCCUAUCCACAGGCCGGUCAUGCAAGUACUAGUGCGGAGAUUCCAGGCAGGGGACUGGAUGUACGGAAGCAGUAUGUCCUCAGGGCAGAAUGCCUCAGCUGAUAUCCAGAGGUGUCCAAGAGACAAGGUGCCGUUUUUAUAAUGGCAAGACAGCGCAUUGAUGAGGCUGUGUGAGGCGUCCAAACCAAGAGACUUUGCAUUGGCAAGGAUAGUGUCUAAGAGACUGCCCAAAUUUAUGUUACCAGCCUGGCAAGAUGCUUCGGGCAAAAGCUCUCAUUUAUUUCCUUUCCCC